AUGGAGCCGGACGUUUCCGCGCCGGCCGGCAUGUUUACCGUCCAGCAGACGCCGUCCACCGUGCUGUGCUGCCUGUGCGGCACGGCCAUGCCGCCCAACCCGACCGGCAUGUGUCCCGGCUGCAUCCGCACGCACGUCGACAUCACCGAGGGCCUCCCGCGCCGCCUGUCAGUGCUGCGCUGCCCGCCGCCGUGCGGAAGGUUCCUCGCGCCGCCGCGCGCGUGGAUCCGCGCGGAGCUCGAGUCGAAGGAGCUCCUCACGUUCUGCCUCAAGCGAAUGAAGAAUCUCAACAAGGUGAAGCUGGUGGACGCCUCUUUCAUCUGGACCGAGCCGCACUCCAAGCGAAUCAAAAUCAAGGUGACGAUACAGAAGGAGGUUCUGUCCGGUGCGGUGCUGCAACAAACAUUUGUGACGGAAUAUGUGGUGGAGGACCACAUGUGCGACGCGUGCACGCGGUCAGCGGCCAACCCCGACCAGUGGGUGGCGGUGGUGCAGCUGCGGCAGAAGGCGGAGCACAAGCGCACGUUUCUGUUUUUGGAGCAGCUUAUACUGAAGCACGGUGCUGACGCCAACACCAUCAACAUCCGCCAGGUGCAUGACGGCAUUGAUUUCUAUUACGCCAACCGCUCGCACGCGCAGAAGUUUGUUGACUUUGUGUCGGCCGUGGUGCCAGCUCAGCACCGCAGCGACAAGCAGCUGGUGUCUCAUGACAUCCACACGGCCUCUUAUAAUUACAAGUACACUUUCUCUGUCGAAAUCUGCCCCGUGUGCAAGGAAGACCUGAUCUGCCUGCCCCCAAAGGCCGCCAACGCGUGUGGCACAGCAGCCAACCCCUUAGUCCUCUGCAUCCGCGUCUCCAACUCGCUGCAGCUGCUCGACCCCUCCACCCUGCACGCCAUCUACCUCGACUCGAACCAGUACUGGCGCUAUGGCUUUAAGCCCCUGCUCUCCUCGCGACAGCUCGUGGAGUAUGUGGUUUUAGAUGUUGAGACCGUGGGCGGCGGAGGGGGAUGGGGAGGCGGAGGCGGAGGGGGAGCGGGGGGAGCGGGGGGAGCGGGGGGAGUGGGGGGAGCGCCGCACAAGGCGGGGGGAGGGGCGCUGGCGCGGUUUGUGCUGGCAGACGUGCAGGUGGCGCGGGUGGCGGAUUUUGGGAAGAACGAUGUGAUUUUCACUGCGCGCACGCACCUGGGGCACUUGCUUCGGCCAGGGGAUUACGCGAUGGGAUACGACCUGCACGGGGCGAACCUCAACAGCGAUGACCUGGCCAGGUACAGCAACAGAGCCACCCUUCCCGAUGUAGUUCUCGUGCGCAAGAGCUACGAGGAGAAGCGCAAGAAGCGGCGCGGCAAGCCGCGGGCGUGGAAGCUCAAGCAGCUUGACAUGGAAGUGGAUGAGGGCGCAGCAGAGAGAGGAGCGGAGAGAGGAGAGAGAGGAGGAGGGGGUGGUGGGGCGAAGGGACGGAUCGAUGAAGAGAGGGAUGCGGCGGAUAAAGAGAGGUUUUUGGAGGAGUUGGAGGAGGAUGCGGAUAUGCGGUCUAGAAUUGCGGUUUACCGUGAUCCGAACUACGUGGCGCCGCAAGUGGGAGGAGGGGCAGGAGCGAGGGGAGGGGAUGAGAUGGUGGAUGCUGGGGAGGAGGAAGAGGAGGAGGAGGAGGAUGGGGAGGAUGUUCCGGAGAUUCCGCUGGAAGAGUUGCUUUCGGAUUUGAGGAUUGGUGGGGGGGAUGGGGAGGAGGAGGAGGAAGGGGAGGUGGGGGAUGAUGAGGAUGAUGUGAUGGAGACGUGA